AUAUUGCAUCAUGCGAAGCUUCGGAUUUCAUCAUCCUCAUGGUCUGCUAUAAAAGCGGCGUCGCUGGCUUCUUCAAUUUUAUUUCACCAUCGCAAUGCAAGCAGCAAACACAUGGCAUAAGACGAAAGCACAACUCAGUCCAAUGGGCGUGGGAUAGAACUCAUCAAACACCAAGCAUCACCAUCAACCUGCACACUCACACACAGAUUCCAAUGAUUCCAAGGAUACAGUGAGGCAACCGAUAAUCACCAGCACUAUGAAUAACGUACAGAGCGCCCCAAAUGGCGGGGCAGGGGGCGUGGCCGUGGGAGUGGGCGUGGGCAUCAAGACGGCCCGGAGUAACAUCUUCAACGUGGAUGGCCUGCCGCAGCAGAUGGCCGCCAUGAGCGUGGACUACUCCAGCAUAAGGGGCAAGGAUGUCCUGGUCCAGCCCACCGACGAGCAGAUGGAGCUGCUGCAGAAGAGGCUCCAGGACCGCAUAGCCGACAACUGCGGGGAGACCAUCUACGAGAUUGGCGUGGGCGAGGAUGGCAGCGACAAUGGCCUGAAUCCGGAGCAGUUCGAGGCCUCUGUGGCCACGCUUCAUCUUCUGGCGGCCAAUAUAGAUGCGGAUGUGGUCAAGCUGCGUGAGCGGCGGGCAGAGAAGGGCCAAUCGGCGCAGUUCCUCAUCCGAAAGCAUAUCGAGACGACCGACUUUAUGGAGAUAAGGGUGGCCGUUGUGGGCAAUGUGGAUGCUGGCAAAUCCACGCUGCUGGGCGUUCUCACCCACGGGGAGCUGGACAAUGGUAGGGGCCAUGCGCGGCAGCGACUAUUCCGUCACAAGCACGAAAUCGAGAGUGGGCGCACCAGCUCCGUGGGCAACGACAUUCUCGGUUUCGAUGGAGUGGGCAAUGUGGUUAACAAGCCGGACCAUGGUCACCUGGAUUGGGUAAAGAUCUGCGAGAACUCGGCCAAGGUGAUCACCUUCAUCGAUCUGGCUGGGCACGAGCGUUACCUGAAAACUACGGUCUUUGGGAUGACAGGACAUGCUCCCGACUUUGGUAUGCUGAUGAUUGGCGCCAAUGCUGGCAUCAUCGGCAUGACCAAGGAGCAUCUGGGUCUGGCUCUAGCCCUUGCCGUGCCCGUCUUCGUGGUGGUCACCAAGAUUGACAUGUGCCCGGCCAAUGUCCUGCAGGAGAACAUGAAGCUGCUGUUCAAGAUGCUCAAAUCGCAGGGCUGCCGGAAGGUGCCGGUAGUAGUGCGCUCGCACGACGAUGUCGUUCUAAGCGCCACGAAUUUCGUUAGCGAGCGUUUGUGCCCCAUCUUCCAAGUGUCGAAUGUGACCGGUGAUAAUCUGGAGCUGCUCAAGAUGUUCCUUAACCUGUUAAGCACGCGCAUGGCCGGCUCCGAGAGUCUGCCUGCCGAGUUUCAGAUAGACGAUGUAUAUUCGGUGCCGGGUGUUGGCACUGUGGUCUCCGGCACCUGCCUCCAGGGCACCAUCCGGCUAAACGACGGUCUGAUGCUGGGCCCAGACGCAGUGGGUGGAUUCGUGCCAAUCACCAUCAAGAGCAUCCAUCGCAAGCGGAUGAACGUGGCACGCGUGCGCUGUGGCCAAACGGCAAGUUUUGCGCUAAAGAAAAUCAAGCGGGCCUAUCUGCGCAAGGGCAUGGUGAUGGUGUCGCAAGAUCUCAAGCCGCAGGCCUGCUGGGAGUUCGAGGGUGAGAUCCUAGUGCUGCAUCACCCCACAACGAUAUCGGCACGCUACCAGGCCAUGGUGCAUUGCGGCAGCAUCCGCCAGACGGCCUCAAUCAUACACAUGUCGCGCGAUUGCCUGCGAACGGGCGACAAGGCACAUGUGAAGUUCCGUUUCAUCAAGCAGCCGGAAUACAUACGCGCCGGUCAGCGGCUGGUCUUCCGCGAGGGACGCACCAAGGCGGUGGGCAACAUCCUGCGCCCGCUGCCGAAUGCUGCCGCCUCCCCGUAUCGCCCCAAGCCCGCCAAGAUGCAGUCACGUUCGCAGAACGGCGGCAGCAAUGGCAGCAACAACCAGCACCGCCAGCAGGGCCAGGGCAGCUCCUCGGGAGCGGGAUGCAGCAAGGAUGCCGGCGAUGAGAAGCAGAACGGCGACAAGCGCGAGGACGGCAGUCGGCGGGGCGGCAAGCGGAAACGAAAUAAUCGGCCAACUCCGUCUGGCGGUGGAGCAGGCCAAUCCAACGGCUCGGCCGCUUUGGGCCUGCCGCUCGGCGAGAUUUCCUCGUCGUCCUCCGCUGAAGUUGGGUCGACGGGUCUCACAGAUCCGGACUUCUGAUCUGAAGGGGCGUUUGCCUCAAUAAACUGUUCCGUGUCCCCUUCUCGUCCAUUGUACACUGUGCGAAAUGCCAAACCGAAUUCGAUAUUCUUUUUGUUCUCUAGGCUUAAGACUAAAAAUGUCACAGCAACAUGAAUUUUAUUUUAGUUGUCUUUUCACUAAAUAAACGUGGAUUUAUCGACCCUUAA